UUGGGGGAUUUAUGCAUUUUCACGAGUGAUUCCGGCUGCCAUACUAUGGUAAUUGUUUCAUAAUAUGUCCAUCGCUGUAGGGGGAUGCGCUGGUUUGCGCCAACCAAGAUCAAGUUCCACUAGUUGAAACGUUGGUGGGAAGAUAAAGCUUGUGUAUAUACAUAGGAUAUCUCAUGACCAAUGCAGGACUGGAGGAAGGGGGAUCGGAUUCUUGCAUCCGAGGGCAAAAACUGGAGGAACAUAUCCGCUGAUCUCCGGUCGAUUUGGACGGUGUGGCAAUUGAAAUAAAGAGACCUUGGGCAGAUCUAUACAUAAACUGGUACAAGCAGCACCGCUGGCAGCAGACAAGGGGGGAUUCGUGCCUCUCUCCUCCGCUUCCUUCCUCAGUGCGCAUGGAUGAAAGUCACAGUUAAAAUGCAUGCGGCAAGUCUCGUCUGAUGUGGGAUUACCGAGUUUUUAUUCGCCCCCUUUUCUCCACCAUGUUCGAACUUUGGUUUUGGCUCUUUUUCCGAGAUGAUACCGCUAAUUUCAGUGGCUGCUGGAAGAACACAGGAUCCCGUUUUGCCGUGCUGGCUGUCACGUUAUUGGCCUGAAUGAGACUGUAUAUAUAUAUAUAUGCGCUCUUCGAUGUCUGGUUUAUGGAGCUAAACACCGAGACUUGACUUUAAGGAUUUUUUUUUUUCACCCCCCUUUUUUUUGACAGCCGACGGAAGGGCGGGCGGUGAAAUCACGAAAUCCAUGUUUGAGAAAGAAGACGGGGCACAGCCGUGAUUUUUCGGGAUGCUUUGGCGUUUACCGGGAUCAGAACGAUGACACCUCAUACUGGUACCGCACUUGAGUGAGCUGGGGCAUCCUCUCCCAGGAAAAAUGCAUAUCUGGAUCCUAAAAAUAAUCCUUCUGAUUGCAUCAUCUCUGAGGCUGGUCGAGAUGUAUGACAAUUAUGGGGAGAUCUGUCGAAACCUGUGUACGUGCGAGGAGAAGGAAGGGAUCCUGACGGUGAGCUGCGAGAACCGGGGGAUCAUCAGACUGACGGAGGUCAGCCCCGUCCAUUUCUCCAUGUACCACCUCCUGCUGACAGGGAACCUCCUGAAGAAGCUGUCAGUCAAUGAUUUCAUCAAUUACACCGGGGUGACCAUCCUGCACUUGGGGAACAAUGAUAUCUCUGAGAUAGAGUCAGGUGCCUUCAACGGACUCCAGGGAUUAAAAAGGUUGCACCUGAAUAACAACAAGAUUGAAGUUCUGAGGGAUGACACCUUUGCAGGACUAGAGAGUUUGGAAUACCUACAGAUUGAUUAUAAUUACAUCACCAAUAUAGAGUCCAAUGCCUUGAGCAAACUACACCAACUGACAGUGUUGAUUUUGAAUGACAACCUGCUCUCUGCCAUGCCCCUGAACAUCUUCCGGAAUGUCCCCCUUACGCACUUGGACCUGAGGGGGAACCGGUUAAAAAUGUUCCCCUACAUCGGCCUCCUUGAGCACAUGGACAAAGUUGUGGAAUUACAACUAGAGGAGAAUCCUUGGAAUUGCUCCUGCGAGCUCAUUGCUCUGAAGGCUUGGUUGGAGAGUAUAGCCUAUACAGCUCUGGUGGGAGAAGUGGUGUGUGAGACACCGUUCAGGCUCCACGGUAGGGACCUGGAUGAGGUGUCCAAGCAGGAACUCUGCCCAAGAAGACCCCUAGAAGACACAGUCAGGCCUGCACCCCCUAGCAGCACUAAUGGAUAUUACCAGACCACACCUGCUGCUGUCACAGCCUCCGCCACCUCCUCGGCUGUAUUUAGGUCCUCUUCUAGGCCUACCAAGGGCACACGCCAAUUUAACAGAACUAGGUUAAAGCCCACUUCCCGAAUACCAGGCGGUAACCCUUACAACUACGGCCCCAUCAUUGCUUUUCAGACCAAAUCUCCUGUGCCUUUGGACUGUCCUACUGCCUGCACGUGUAACCUGCAGAUAUCUGAAAUCGGGCUAAAUGUCAACUGUCAAGAGAGAAAGAUUGAAAGCAUUUCUGAUCUAAAACCCAAGCCAUACAAUCCUAAAAAGAUGUAUCUCACUGGAAAUUACAUCCCUGUGGUACGAAGAUCAGAUUUUGUCGAUGCCACUGGAUUGGAUUUGCUUCACUUGGGAAACAACAGGAUAAGUCUGAUCCACGACCGGGCUUUUGGGGAUUUAACCAACCUGCGUAGGCUGUAUUUAAAUGGUAAUCUCAUGGACAGGCUUACAGGAGAAAUGUUUUUUGGUUUGCAGAACUUGCAGUAUCUUUAUUUAGAGUACAACAAAAUCAAGGAGGUUGAAGCGGGCACUUUCCGCUACCUCCCUAAUCUUCAGCUGCUUUUCCUCAACAAUAACCUGCUGAAAACCUUACCUGUGGGCAUCUUUUCCAGCCUCUCCCUGUCUAGGCUUAAUCUGCGCAACAACCAUUUCCAAAACCUGCCUGUGAGUGGUGUUUUAGAUCAGCUGAAGCUGCUGGUGCAAAUAGAUUUGUUUGAAAACCCCUGGGACUGCUCCUGCGACAUAGUGGGGAUGAAGAUGUGGCUCGAGCAACUCAGCGCAGGCACUGUGGUUAACGAGGUUGUGUGCGAGACGCCCAGACGCCACACAGGAAUGGAUCUGCGCUCGAUCCAGUCGGAGGAGCUCUGCCCAGACGACUCUGAUGCUUACAUCUUGCCGACUACCCUUACGGAUGAGCCCAUGGACGAACGGGUCGUCACCACAGACGCCCCGCAGAAGUUCAACACCCCCAGCAGCACCGUCCCCCUCUCUGUCCUCAUCCUCAGCCUCCUGCUUGUUUUCAUCAUGUCUGUCUUUGUGGCCGCAGGGCUGUUUGUUGUAGUGAUGAAAAAGCGCAAAAAGUCACAGAGUGACCGCACUAGCACCAACAAUUCAGAUGUCAGCUCUUUUAACUUGCAGUACAGCCUCUACAGCAACCGCUCCGGUCCCAAAGUUAAGGCCCCAGCCGGUCAUGUCUAUGAGUAUAUCCCCCACCCCAUGGGCCAUAUGUGCAAAAACCCCAUUUACAGGUCACGAGAGGGAAACACAGUGGAGGAUUACCGUGACCUCCAUGAGCUCAAGGUUGCGUACAGGAGUAACCCGGAUGAGGAGAGGGAUAGCAGUACGAUGAGGAGCCCUACGUACAGUGUUAGCACCAUUGAGCCACGUGAAAACCCCUCCCCUGUGCCGGAUGCAGAUCAUUUCUUCAGAGGCAUCCUUGAGCCUGAUAAGCAGCAGCCCCAUCAGUCCAUGGCAUCCAUCCCAGCAGGUGCCAAUUUAGAGUACAAGUACACAGGGCCUGUGUCGUACACAUACAACCCAAAUUUUGAUGUCAGACGUCAGUUCUUGCACCCAGAGAGGAUAAGAGAAACAGUCCUCUACGGCACAGCACCCAGUACUGUUUAUGUUGAGCCCAACAGAAAUGAGUAUUUGGAGCUAAAAGCUAAACUUCAGUCUGAGCCCGAUUACCUCGAAGUUCUUGAGAAACAGACCACCUUUAGCCAGUUCUGAGCAACAGGAUCAUUAAUGUAAUGAAGCAUUUUGUCUCUUGACCCUCCUUGAAACAGUGGCUCAGUUUAUAGGGUGCCUUGGCACAUUACAAACAAGCAAAAGCAAAAGGAGUUCAAACGGGGUGUGCCGAACAAUCUUAUUCUUAUUUCUGAAACAUUACACAACAGGAAUGGAUACAGCUUUCUGAAACAUGGAUGAACAAAAUUGCUCUACUUAACUGAUGAUGCAAAAUCUAUUUUUCUAUGGUGAAGAUCGAAUAACACACAAAAUGUAAGUGUACAGGUAAAUCUUACCCAACUUCAUUUUCAGGAAUAUAACCAUACAUAAGGUAUAUUGUGAAUCAGAAAAGAAAUGUUUAUAAAAUCACUCCUGGACAAAAACACUGUACAGCAGAUCAUCGAAACUGUGUAGGACUAUUUUCUGCUGUAGUCUGUAAGUAAGUAUUUAUUGAUAUAAUCUGCCAUGUCUUUUCAAAACUUUUGAUUCUACAUCAAUAUUACCUGUGUCAUCAUACUCCAUGAUCCUCAGGCUUAUGUUUGUAGUUUCAUUUACUGUAGCUCUGCAUUGUAAAAGUGGCUUUUUUUGAAAGUGGCACACCCCCAAUGUUCAAAAAAGACUGCGUCAUUUGAAGAAGAUGAAAAAAAAAGUGUCUUUGUAUGCUUUCUGCACUUUUUGGAAUUGGAAGGCAAGUUAGCCUUCAAUGAGCUCUCAUAAAGGAGAUUAUUAUAUUAAAAAUGAAUAUGGGUAUUCAUUCUUAAUAUGUAGAAUUGAUAUGUUAUCAAAACAAAAUUCAUAAAUGAUAUUUGAAGUAUUAAUUAUGUUGUGUAAUACUGAUAUUUUAAUCAAUGUAACACCUAUUUUUAUACAAGCAUUCGCAGAUUCUCUAUCCCUUAUCAAUUUUAUUUGUUUUGAUUGCUUUGCACUUAAUGCACUAUAUUGACCAAACUAUGUUAUUGUCAUCAAAUAAACAUGAUGUCAGGUUCAUAUAAUGUGCUUAUGAGGAAACUAAGGCUGGUUGGUGAUGAUAUGAGGAAAGUCAUUUGGGUUUGGUCCAAUAUCUGACACUCACAUUCAGACAGUGAAUGAUCAAAACAGUGUCAACUGUGGAAUUGGAGAGCUUGAAAAGAGUGUUCCAGGGCUAAGAGUCAUUUUAUUUUUUUUGAUCAAAUCACAAUACAUUGGCUGAUAAGAAUUGACUGUGUUGUGAACUCAGUCAAAUAAGAUAAAGAUACAGUAUAUGUGCCUCACUCAAAGGGGCAGCUACGGACUCGAGAAUUAGAAUCAAUGGGUUUCAAUCAAUGAGCAUUAUCUGAGGCUGUCCCCUUGCAAUUAUACCAUGACAACAGCAACCACAUUGCAGUCUGGCAAGCAAUGAGUUGGUCAUUUAUACAAACAUCAUUGGACUUGACUUUAAAUUAAAUGCUAUUUUAGCAAUCUGACAAAGUCAAUGGGUAUAAACUUUAACACUGAUUAAGACAGACAGCUGCUGGAUUCAGGGUUUUGAUGUCUUAACCAUUUUUAAUUCUGUCUUUCUAAAUUGAUUUGUUUCACAAGUGGACAUCUUUUAGAUACUUUCUUGACAUAAAAAUGAUAUUAAUUAAGGAAAUAUGUUGAAAAUGCUGUUUGUUUUUUUAUCUUUU